UCUCUCUCGCGCGCUCUUCUCGCACCUUCCUACUUUUUCCUUUUGCUUCUUCUGUUUCCCCUUUGGCUACCCCCCCCCCCACCUCGUUUCAUGCCCUCCUCCCUUGUAUCGUCCACUUCGGCAUGGAGUGACUUCGUCGUCGCUUCGCGCUCUGCGUGUCUGUUGGUAUUCGGUAUGGCGUAUUUCCGGGCGGAGGGCGCCUUUCGCUGCGUCUCUUGAGGCUUCUGUGACGCGAAUUUUGGUUUUGCAGUGGUGGCUGAGCGGAGUUGGUUUGGGAGGCUUUGAGAGGUUUGGCAGCAGUGAGAGAGUGUUGGUCCAGUGGUUAAUAAUGUGCACAGUGAUGGGCGCGUACUUUUUGGUGAGUGUGCGAGGUGAGUGUGAGGGGGUGUGGCGGUUUUUCUGAGCGUGAGACGUCAGGAUCUCGCACCUUCCUACUUUCCCUUGCUUCUUCUUCUUCUUCUUCUGUUCCCCCUUGGCUGCCCCCGCCACUUAGCAUCCCUUUCAUGCCCUCCUCGUAUCGUUCACCUCGGCAUGAAGUGACUUCGUCGUCGCUACGCGCCCUGCGUGUCUGAUUGUAUUUGGUAUGGCGUAUUUCCGGGCGGAGUGCGUUUCUUGAGGGUUAUGUGACGUGAAUUUUGGUUUUGUAGUUGUUGCUGAGCGAAGUUCGUUGUGAGGCUUCGGAAGGUUUGGCAGUAAUGGGAGUGGUAGCCUAGUAGUUAGUGCACGGUGAUUGGCACGCACUUUGGUGACUGUGCGAGGUGAGUGAGGGAGUAUGGCGGUUUUUCUGAGGGUGAGUCAGGAUAUUCCGAGUGUUCUGGAUGUGUGAGUGUUCCGGAGCGCGCACUUUGGUAGCGUGGUAUUGUGUCUGCAUUGACGCUCGAGUGGAAGUUUCUGUAGGCGUGCGGAGGUUUUAGUGCCGAGUGUUGGAGCUUGUUCCUGAUUUUGGAGGUGUGAACAAGUUGUUUAGUUAGUUUAUUUUACGAAGCGCAUCUUUCUGGCUGAGAGUGGUUUCCAGCGGGUUUGGUUUUCUCAGUGUAAUCCUGCUGAUGUUAUAAGUGCUAUCGUUAGAGUUGUGUAUGUCUUUCUCGACUUGCUGCCCACCACACAUCCGACAUAGCGAAGUCAGUGUAGGUACUUGACUUCCUCGCAAAACUUUAUCAGUUCUAGUUACUGAUUUCAGGUUGUUUUUGGAGCAGUUCCGCCUUUUAUCUUCGUGUCUCACAGCACUCUUGUUAUCUAAGCUGCGUAGCAAACUUAUCGCAGCGUUUGAUGAUCGCAUGAGAAUUGAGUUUUGCAGCUUGGCUAGUGGGAAUCGAAACUGGCCGAUCUAGCAGUAGCACUUCUCUUCCUAGGUUGAUCUAGUUGGGUGUGCUUGAGAUGGAGAGAUGAGUCCUAUUGAAUUAUCCCUUUCGCGGUAAUAGUGUUACUGCUGAUUGACAAUUGUGGAGAACGGCUGCGGAGUGUAUGACUUCUGAGACUCCUGCGUUGUCAUAGUGAUCUCUUUCAUCUAGAAGGAUUUGGAGAGCCCAUUCACCCUCUCACAGGAGGCAACGAGUCGGUGUAGAUGAGUUUCAAUACCCAAGUUGUCCAGAACUUUGCACCUUUCUUGGUGUCUAUUUACUACAUGCAAAUACCAAGAGCUGCUACGAAGUUCAAGGUCUAGGCAAACACAACGUUGCUUCAUGACUUCUUGAUUAAGUUGUGAAUGCUGACUGUUGAGGUCUUGAAUUGGCAGGCGCGGGCAGUUUGUCACUCGUUUGUAGGAGUUUUAUGGUGUGAUCAGAAAGGUCUGCGGACUUGAGUAAUAAACCGUUGGACCUGAAUACUCGGUACACGUUCCUACGAGGGUUGAUCUCCUGUGUCACACAGUCUAGACCUUCAGGUUGUGGAGCGCACUCUUGACUAGCACGUUCCUGUAAUCCGAAGAGAGAAAUGGUGUAGUGACGUUCUUCAAAAAAAAAAAAAAAAAAAGAAAAAAAAAAGGGGGCCCAGAUCCACUGAAACGAUCAUCGGGAAUAUUAGUGUUUAGCGCUCCAAGUGUCUAGUUCUCUGGAGUCCCACGCCAGCAGCUCCAACGGGCAUAUUUGUCUAAUAAGACUGGAACCUCUGCAAGUGACGAAGAGUGAUACCUCGAAGUAAUUGAAGCUUUCGUUUCAAUCACGUAGGGUUCAUGCCUGCCUCUACCAUUGUCAAGACUGUUAGAGUUCUUGUUCCCUCUCAUGGUGCGCACUACUCCUAGCAUAGUAGCUGCCUGUUCCUCCUUCAUUUCCAAUAAAUUAAGGCUGAGGCUGUGCCUUUUUGUCUCUUUAUCGGACGAAGUACAAUUUGGUGACGAUUUUCUCCGCCAUUUCUAAGUCGCGGUUGGUUGUCAGAGUAGUUACUUCGUGUUAGCCGACAUACUUUGCAGUCCUGUCCCUCUACAAUCACUAGUCAUCUGUAUCGCAUCUCGCAUGAUAUUGUGCGUUGUUGCGUCUUGCUGCUCAUGUGCCCAUCGCCAUUGGUAGAGUGUGUCCAAACGAUCGUGCAGUUCGCUCAGGGUUUCUCUACUCCUGAUUUCUCGCAGUUUUUUCUUCAAGCAUUGGUUGUAAUCCUGGCUGUCCGGUUGAAUUGCUGCUUGAAAUAGCGAUCAGCCCCAUCUGAGUCCAUUGACCUUGCUCAUAAACUUCGGCGUCCACUCACGGCUAGACUUCAGCAUAUCGAAUAACAGCUGUGCGACUGCUGCCUGUCUUAACAUUUUAUCACCUGCCAAGUACGCACACACGCUGCUUCGAUGAACAGAAGUUGGAUUCGUUAAAUAAGAUGCAUUAGUUGCCACUGGAGUUUGUUGUGACUCGAGCACCGCUACGGACCAGCAGGAGUAUGGAAGUUGAAGCGACGAUGUUCAGGUGAACUGUAUCUUUGUACAAUCAAUCGAGCAGGCAUGGAUUGCGUUGGUGCCUCGACGGUCGAAUGCAGCAUGUGCGGUGAUGUGGGAUUUUCUGAUCAACUCCAGCAAUGUAAAGCCUGUGUACGCGUUCAGCACAUAUAUUGUUCCGCAUCGAAAGAGGGACUCGACACUGGAAACUGGGUCUGUGAUUGGUGUAGAUUAGGUAAGCAACGUAAAAUAAAGUAUGAGAAGCUUAUGUCUCUUGACAUGAAGGAAGCCACCCGAGAGUUUUCACAUUGUUCACUGAAAUCUCCAGAUAACGGCCUUGAGUUUCUAAUUAAGGCAGUAAUGUCGACCAAGGAGGAAUUUCCUCCACUGGCAUGUUUGCCUACCGGAGCUAGCGAACCUAGUCCUACUGCAAAUUGUGGCUCCAAUUGUUCAUCAAGUGUAGAGAGUGAGAAAGUUAGCUCAGGCUUGCGUUCAGCAUCUUGCCCGCUUGGUGAUGCAAGUUCGAAUCUGCGGAAACAGCGUGUGACCAUAGACACCAGCAUUUCAGAUGAAGAAGGCAGUAUCGGAACUGUUCAGAUGCGAACAAGUGCUUCUUGUGACAUCAAGCGAAGUCCAAGCAGUCUUCGUUGCAGUGUUCGAGGAAGCAAAGGGAUGAAACAGAAGCAGUUGGAUGUAAAGGCUUUAAAGAGUCAGUUAUCAUUGCCAUCAAGACAUAAUGCACCUGCACCUCUGAAGAGGCUUUCUUCACUCAAGGUACCGUCUCGCUCCAAUAACAUUACCAUGGGAGACGACCAACCUAGGGGUCUUGUGAGGCGGUACAAGUCAUUAUCCGACAUUUGUUAUUGAGCUGAUGCUCAUGCACACUGUUCGAAGUUCGUUGGGAGCACAUCUCGUUGUUGUUCACCAUAACAAUCUACUUCAAGUUGGACAUACUACUAUGAUUACUUGCUUCCUGUGAUUGAGAAGGGUUGUGUUUCUACACUUAUUCACAAACUUUCGAUGAAAUCUGGAUGAUUUGCGAUGAUCAAGAAAUUCCCAAGGAGUGACUGGCCUUCUAGCCGUUGGUCUGCUUAGUGUGCGCAUUUACAGGUGGUAAAGUGUGGGCCAUUCUUCAAAUGUUGCCCCUUCUCGACUGUUCUUCUUUUUCGAACAUUUUGCCCAUGUUUUCACACCUCAGCAGGACUAGAAGGUGGAAGGAUUGUGCGCGGUUAGCUCAAUUUGACUUUGGGUCUGUAAAAAUAACUUAAUGAGAGAAUUACUGGAUGGAUUGUAGCAACUUGGCUGUUCAGCCUCAAAACUUUCCAGACUCUGCUCUAAAAUAGGUCGGAAUUCUGUGAUUCAGAACCUAGUACGUCCAUGAGUUAUUGCGUCUAGGCAUAUUUCUAGCCCAUUUCUGGGAGGGACAGUUGCAGCAGACAUAGGGUGUAACCUAAUAGAGGGAUGUAUAGGGACAAACAAAAGGUGAAUCCAUUACAUUCUGUUGCCUGUUUUAGAAGACCUCAAGUGGCUGGUAAUAUCUGACACAACAUUUUUGUCUUCA